AUGGUGCUAAAUACAUUGUGGACACAAAUUGAAGUUGUCGAUUUAACCAACGACGGCACUGGACUUGGCUUUGGCAUUAGUGGUAAUAAGUCAACGGGUGUUGUUGUCAAAGCUAUAGUGCCCGGUUCGAUUGCCGAUAAAGAUGGUCGUAUUCAUACGGGUGAUCACUUGUUUCAAAUAAAUCAUGUCUAUGUACGGGGUAUGAGUUCGGAACAAGUAGCUGGGAUACUUCGACAAUGUCCUGAACAAGUUCGUCUUGUUGUUGCAAGAAGUGUACGUGAACCUACAACAGCAACAAAUAGUACACCAUCAACAUCUCAACGUCCUUCAUUAACAUCUGAAAAUCUUAUUCAAUCAAGAAAUCCUUCAUCACCAAUGAUUCUUGAUAAUGAUGGAAUUAUUAAUAAUUCACAAAAUAAAAUCAUUCUUCGCACUGAACGGUUACUUGAAAGCAAUCAUAAUUUAGAAAAAAUCCUUGAUAAUCUGCUCGAACAGUGUCAAACCGAAGAUGGAACUGAAAUAUUAGAUGUUACACUUGAAAAAGGUGAUGAUGGUUUAGGUAUAACUGUUGCUGGUUAUGUCAGUCCAGAUUCAACUAAUAAUGAUGCUAUUGCUGGUAUUUUCAUUCGUGAUAUAGCUGAAGAAAGUGUAUGUUCACGUGAUGGUCGUCUUGCAAUAGGUGAUCAAAUUAUUGAAGUAAAUGAACAAUCAUUAAAUGGAUUUUCAAAUGUUCAAGCACUUUAUUUAUUACAAAAUACAAGUUCAUCUGUACAAUUAAAAGUUCGACGUUAUCUUGAUGGUGUUAAACAUGAAAAAAUUAAAGAAAUGAUUUCACUCGAAUCCUCACAUCAAAUUGAAGAAAAAAUUGAAUUUCAAAAUCGAGCUAAUAUUAAUGACCAAAUAAAUCAAAAAUGGAUUAAAAGUCUUGGAAAUAAUUACGAUAUUGUUAUUAUUGACCUUUAUAAACCAGAUAAUGGUAGUCUUGGAAUAACGCUUGAAGGUACAAUUGAUGUUGAAAAUGGUGAAGAAGUUGGAGCACAUCAUUAUAUUCGAACAUUAUUAGCUGAAGGACUCAUUGGAAUAGAAGGAACAUUAAAACCUGGAGAUGAACUUUUAGAAAUUAAUAAUCAAAUUUUAUAUGGAAAAAAUCAUAUAAAUGUUAUUGAAAUUUUGAAACGUGUUAAACAUCAAAUAAAACUUGCUUGUGCUCGCCGUAAAAUACAACAAAUAAAUGAAGCAAAUGAAAAAUUAAAUUCAAAUCGUUCACGUUCAAUAUCAUUUGGUAAAACAACUGAAAUUGUUGUUAAAGCUAAAAGUAUGGGAACAUUACAUUCAGCACAUAAUUCAUUAACAAGAUCAAUGAAAACACGUUCAUUAGAAGUUAUUUCAAAUUUAGCUUUAUGGUCAACAUCAAUAGUAAAUAUUGAAUUAAAUAAAGGUGAACAUGGAUUAGGAUUUUCUGUACUUGAUUAUCAAGACCCAUCAAAUCCAAGUUAUUCACCUGUUAUUGUUAUACGAGCAUUAGUACCUGCUGGUGUCGCACAAUUAGAUGGAAGAAUUGUACCUGGAGAUCGUUUAGUUGCUGUUAAUGAUAUAACAUUAGAAAAUAUGAAUUUAGAUGAAGUUAUUAAAAUAUUAAAAUCAACACCGAAAGGUCCUGUGAAACUUAGCUUAUCAAAACCAUUACCAUAUCCAAAAUUCAAAAAUGAUGUUGAUGAUAAAAUAAUAACUGAUAGUGAUCAAGAUGUAAAUAAUAAUCGACGUUUAUCACGUAUUAGUAAAAGUAAAACAACAGCAGAAAUGACAAAUAAUCAUAAGCGUUCCGCAUCAAGUCAUCGUUCAUUAAAAUCUAAAUCAGCUGUCUCACCUGGUAUAUCAUUAUCUGCUCCAGCUAUUUUAAGUAGACAUGAAUAUAUAGCAACAUUAAUAAAUAAAGAAGAUUUAAUUAAAAAAACUGAACAACGAUCAUCGAGUGCUAAUUAUCGUAGUAAAACAUCGAAAAGAACUUUUUCAUCGAAAAAAACUCAAUUGAAAUCUGAAAAACAUCCUCAAUUGAAUAGUGAAGAAAAACCGAAAAUGCAUCAUUCAGAUUUAUCAUUAAUAAAUACUUAUAUUAAUUUACCCGAAUUUAUUGAUUUUCAGUCAGAUCAUCUUGUUCUACCUUCAUCAGUAAUAUUUCAUCGAUCUUAUGACCGUUUACGUAGUCCAGCAACUAUUCCCACAUCGAAAUAUAUUCGUCAAUCAAUUCUAUCUCAAACUACAUCAGUUAAUACAUCUACAAAACGUUUAUCUCGAUCAAGACAUUCAUGUGAUGCAACAAUUUAUUAUGAAAAACAACGGAAACAACAGAAAUAUUCUAAACGUUCACUCAUAAAUAAAGUUGAUUCCAUGUCAUGUUUUAAUGAAGCUGAUUUAAGUAGUGACGACACUCAUUUAAUUCGUUCAUGUUCAUUAUCAAAUCGAUUUCUAAGUCAAAAUCUUCGUCAAUCAACAGAACUUAUCCCUGAAGAUGUAUCAACAAUCGAUGAUAUUAAUCAAUUAGAUGAAUUCUAUGAUAAUAAUAUACCAUUAACAACUCAACCAAUUACAUGUGCUUCCCCAUCAAAACAAUCAUCUAGAAUGGCAUCACCUGCAUUAUCAACUAGUUCACAAUCAUCUGGACGUAUUAUUACAUUACUUAAUCAUGAAGUUAUACAAUUACCUGUUCAACUUGAACGUGAAAUACUCAUUAAACAUAAUUUCGAUCAACUCGCUCUAGUAGUCGAUGCUUCUAUUGAUGCAGGUGUUAAUGGAUGUUGUAUACAAUCAAUAGUUUCACCAUCAAUUGAAAUACCUUUAAAAAUUGGUGAUUUCAUAACAUCAAUUAAUAAUGAGAAUAUGAGAAAAAUUAGUAAUGCACAAGCACGUGCAGUUAUUCGACGUGCAUCUCUUAUUGGGUCAGAUAUCAGUAUCAUUUUUAUACCUGGUAAUGAAGCUAAACAAUUCAAAGAUCAAACACUUGAUUCCCAAGAAAUCUUAUCUAAAAAUCCCGAUCUUGACAUUGAAUUCAAUGAUGAUGAAUAUAUUUCUUCAAAUUAUAUUGAUAAUGAAAAUUUAUGUUCAACAUUAUGGGGUUCACCUCGAACUGUUAUUUUAUAUCGUGAUGAAAAUGUUAAAAGUUUAGGUAUAAGUAUUGUUGGUGGUAAAUUAGAUUUUUCUGGUCCUGGUAAUACAAUUGAAUCAUGUAUAUCUGGUAUAUUCAUUAAACAUGUUAUACCUGAUUCAUUAGCUGGACGUCAUAGUACAUUAAAAACAGGUGAUCGUAUACUUGAAGUGAAUGGUUAUAAUCUUCGUGAAGCAACACACGAUCAUGCUGUUGAAAUCAUACGUUCAGCACGAUCACCAAUUUAUUUUAUUGUACAAAGUUUACUUGACCCAUCAACUCAAACUUGUCAAAUACAACAAAAUGAAAAUAUGCGAAUACUUAAACAAUAUGAACAUUUAAAUGGUGAUGUUUUAUUUAUUGAUAUAAAAAGAAAUCCAAUAGAAUUAAAUGAACCUCUUGGUCUUUCACUUAUUGGACAUCGAAAUCAAGAUAAAUUAGCUGUUUUUGUUUGUGAUAUUCAAGCAAAUUCAUUACUUGAUCGUGAUAAUCGUCUACAAGUUGGAGAUCAAUUACUUCAAGUAAAUGAAGAAAGUCUUUUGGAAAAAUCACAUUCAACAGCAACAUCGGUUAUUAAAGCAAUGAAAUCUGAUACAUUAAAUUUUAUUGUACUUCGCAAUCCUGAUGCAAUUAAAGAGAUGGCUUUAAGAAGUCCGUAUGUAACUACACCACAGCAUAUUAUUAAUCAUAAUAAUGAACGUAAAGAUAACUAUGAUAGAUUAACAUCCGUUUUUCCACUUGUUAAACAUACACAUGAUGAUAACGAACAUAUGAAAAUGAAGAAAUCUCCUAAUCAAAUCAUAACAAUGAAUAAUAUUGAACAUAAUAAUGAUAUUUUAUCUGAUAAAAAACUUAUUUCUCCUAUUUUACCUAAUAAUAAUAAUCCUACGAUAUUUAGUACAAGAAGUGUUGAAUUAUUAUCAACACCAUCGGAUAUAUCACCAACUGAAAAUGAUAAAAAAGAUCAAGAAAUUGUUACUGAUGUUAUUCUACCAAUUGUUAGUAAACAAAGAAAAGAACUUAAUACAACAAUUAAUGGUACAUUUGUAUCACAUAUACCUAUGAUGUCAUCAUCAAGUUCGUCUUCAUCACUUUCAAUUCCAACUCCAACUCCCAGUCCUAUAUUAAAUGAACCAAAAAUUGAUAAACUUGAACCUAUUAUAAAUAAUAUUAAUCAAGCUGAAAAUGAUCUUCGUACGAAACCAAUUAUUGUUGGACAAGAAACUUUGAUUGAAAUUGAUCGUGAACAAUCGGGUCUUGGACUUUCAGUAGUCGGUGGAUCCGAUACACAAUUGUCAGGAAUUAUAAUUCAUGAUAUUUAUGAAGGAUGUGCUGCACAACGUGAUGGACGUUUACUUGUUGGUGAUCAAAUACUCGAGGUUAAUUCGAUUAAUCUACGUUCAGCAACACAUGAUGAAGCUAUUCAAGCAUUACGACAAUCAACAAAUAUAAUUCGCCUAAUGAUUUUACGUGGUGAAGUCGUGAAUGAAGAGGAUAAAUUUGAUAUAAUAACAGUUGAUUUAAUUAAAAAAUCUGGCAAAGGACUUGGUUUUAGUAUCAUUGGUAGACGACAUGGUUUUGGUGUAUUUAUAUCUCAUAUUAUUGAAAAUAGUUCGGCAGAAAAAGAUGGUCGACUUAUGUCUGGUGAUUUAAUUCUUGAAGUCAAUGGAAAAGAUUUACGUACAGCUGCAUAUGAACAAGUUGCUUAUACAUUAAAAACACUUCCACAUAGUCGUGUUUAUAUUAAAAUUGGUCGUCUAAAAGCUAAUGCUCGUCAAAAUUUAGUUUCAAAUGAACCUAAAAAUCGAUCACGUUCAUCAUCCGCUAAUAGAAUAAAUGAUAGAUAA